AUGUCUUCUUCAGUGUUCUUCAAGUUCAAGUCGCAAAAGGAGCCGACGAGAGUGGAAUUUGACGGCACAGGUAUCUCAGUCUUUGAGCUCAAGCGUGAAAUCAUCAACAAGAGCGGACUGGGCGAUGGCACGGACUUCGACCUGUUCAUUUACACAGACGAUAACAGUGAAGAAUAUGAUGAUGAUACUACGAUUGUCCCCAGAUCCACGACAGUCAUCGCUCGGCGGCAACCGGCGAUUAAGCCUGGAGCCGGACGAGCCGCGCGAUAUGUCUCGGGGAAAAUGCCCGUGGCAGCCAAGAAUGCUGGCCGCAAGGAGCAGUCUUCCAAAGUGUCGGCCUCUAAGCCGAGCACGAAUGCCUUCAGCCAGAUGAACGAUGCUAUGACGGAGGAAGACCGCAUGGCCGCCAUGUUCGCCGCUCAGACGGAGCAGUGGUCAGCCCAGCAGGAGGAGCUGUCUCACCAAGCACCAGUUCCCUUCAAGCCCGGCUCCAAGCGGCCAGCAAACGUUCCGGACCAUGAUCCUCCCAAUGGCUACAUUUGCUACCGGUGUGGUAAUAAGGGCCACUGGAUCCAACUGUGCCCGACCAACGAUGAUCCUGACUUCGAUAACCGACCUCGUGUCAAGCGUACUACUGGCAUCCCCCGGUCAUUCCUGCAAAAGGUGGACAAGUCUGUCAUUCUGGCUCAGUCUGAAGGCGACGACACCAAGCGGCCCUCGGGGAUCAUGGUCAACGCCGAGGGAGACUUUGUCAUUGCUGAGCCAGACAAGGCAUCUUGGGAGCAAUUCCAGGCCAAGGCCAAAUCCUCGUCCGCCGCCGCUAAAUCUUCGCAGGCAGAGGACAAGGAAGUGCAGGAGCGUGGUCUCGAGUGUUCGAUUGACAAGAAAAUGUUCAUAGAGCCAAUGAAAACCCCGUGCUGCCAGAAGACGUUUUGCAAUGAUUGCAUAACCAACGCACUCAUCGAAAGCGACUUCGUCUGCCCUGCCUGUCAGACCGAAGGUGUGCUAAUCGAUGAUCUUCAGCCCGACGAGGAAGCAUCAAAGAAGAUUCAGGAGUAUCUUAAGGAGAAGGAAGCUGCCAAGGCGACUCCUCCGUCAUCACCCAAGGAUACCUCAGAGGGAGCUGCGGGCAAGUCGGAGAACGAUUCAGCCAAAGAUGCAGAGAAGAAGGAAGACGAGGGGGGAGACGCCACGGAGGGCAAGGUGCUGCUACCCAGCAGCAUCGAAUCCCCAAGGGAGAAGUCCGACACACCAGCUACAGCUACAGAACAAGCUGCCUCAUCAUCAAAGUCGCCCUCAACUGAGUCUAAAUCCCUCGUUUCCAGCACUAUAAGUGCAGAUGGCAAGGUCGAGGUUGUCAAGGCGGAGGUCGUCACUUCGAAGAAGAGACCCGCCGAGGACUUUCUGGAGAAUCCCAAGAUACCCAAGGGGCCCCGCGCGAUGCAGAACCAACAGUCGCACAACAUGGCCACUGGCAUGGGUAUGAUGCCUAACAUGAUGGGCAUGGGCGGCAUGGGUGGAAUGGGAAGCAUGGGCGGCAUGGGCAUGAAUAUGGGCAUGAACAUGGGGAUGGGCGUGGGUAUGCCCAUGAUGAAUAUGCCCAUGAUGGGCAUGCAAGGCUUCAACAAUAUGAACGGAGGCUACGGAAACAUGAACGGCGGCUACGGUAUGAACAACAUGAACAACAUGAACGGCAUGAACAACAUGGGCGGCGGCGCCGGCGGCGUCAACGGCAACUGGGGAAUGAACAACAUGGGCAUGAUGAACGGCUACCAGAACGGGGGCAACUUCCCUCAAGGCGGCGCCGUCGCCGGCGGGGAUGAGGAUGCCUACUUCCGGAAACCCGUCAACCCGCAUCGACACCAGAACAAGCAACGCAGAGUACGGCCGAGCGAUUACCGUGAACUCUGA